GUUUUUGUUUUGUUGUUGAGAUGAGACACAAGCGCGCCUUCGCCCCUUGUGCUCACUCUCAUCUAGCACCCAUCAAAGCCUGACCAGGGAGUCAGUUGAUAAGAAAAUCUAUCUACAUUUCUCUUUCCAGAGCUCGCUCGGGCCUACCGAUCUCACAGCAGUGUAGACCAACCUCUGUGAUAGAGCGGUGACAGCAGUGUAACCUCUGUGGUAGACUACAAAGUCUACGAGCUACAGCGGCACCGCCACCUCCGCUGCUGCAAGACGCCACAUUCUGUGAGGUUAUGAGCCUCGCUUUACGCGAACACUAGGAGCUGCGGACGUCACGACGGAGGUCAAGACAUCCUACUGCUGUGGACUACAACAUCCGUCUGUGGACUUCGAGCGGAAAUCUGGAUUCGGAGAUUUGGGAGAUCAUCAACGGUCAGCGGAAACGAAAGUGAGCGCACUACUUGGUCAUCUACACCAAGGGGCUGAGAGUUCAUUAUACACACACGUUAUCACUGCUGCAAAAGCAGUAGUGGGUACCUCUGUGGUGAACAAACAGCAAAGUGUUGCGCGGGAAGCCUCGAUUUAGACAUCGAGCAAAUACUUCUGCGGCGGAGACAGGAGGGAAGACUGUAUCAACAGCGAAAGUCGACCGGGAACCGUAGUCCUAUUCACCGAUUCCCUAAGUGAGGAAAGGGUAUCAGGAGCGGGGUCGCAAAUUGGCCUACAACCGGAGUUCUAUUCACCAAUUCUCUAUCUAGGUGAGAAAAGGGUUUCAGAAGCGGGGUCACGAAUCGGCAACCGGAGUCCUCUAUAUCAAUAGAAGGAGCGGGGCUGGAAAAAUCUCAGCGACAGAUAGCUGAGUAAUACACCAACAAAAAUAUUCAAGACGAGAAUGUCAGGAUAAAACCCGGAAAUGGAAGCAACAUCGGGAACUGGAGGCGGAGGCAGCAUCUGGAGUGAUGGAUCCACAAACCUGGCCAACGUCAUCAGAGGACUCCCCAACUUCGAUGAAACGAAACCGAAGGACUUCAACGACUGGAUGAAGAAACUGAGUGCAGUCGUCGGCGUUACUCGGAGGGACAUCAUGCCACUUCUCAAGGGAAUGCGCAGGCCUGAUCCCUCGGACACCACCUUCGCCGCAUACGAGAGAGCAAACGAAGACCUCUACGCAAUCCUAUUCUGCCUCGUCGAACUGCCGGCUGCACUAACCGUACACAAGCACGAAGACGAGACCGGCCUUAGCGGAGACGGGCAGGCAGCAUUCGCGGAACUGAAGGCCAACUACAAUCGAGUGACAGAUGAAGUGAUCAGGGCUAAACUGGACGACCUGGAAAGGACGGUCAUGGAGCCAGGAGAGAACCCGGACGAUUUUUUCAACAAGAAACACCGCCUCCGCUCUCAACUAGAGAAAAUGGGGGAAACCAUCUCCGAUCGCCGCUUCAAGGACAUCUGUGUGCAAGGUUUCUCCGAGGACUGCAAGGACAUCAAGAUGAUUGUUUUCCGCGACCCAUCAUUCGACGUGCAACAGAUGCAAGCCACCAUGCGCAACAUCUUCCUUGACGAGCAAAUGCGCAUGAGAACCAAGGGCCAAAUCGCUGGCCGCGGAUUCGCCAUGGCUGCCAAGACCUCUGGCCCCAUCUGCUUCGAGUGCAACGAACCGGGACAUCAAGGGAAGCGGACGCACUUUCACGACAACUGCAACUGGGACUUCCGCGCUGGUGGAUUCUGGAGCUUCUGA